AUGACGCUCACGAUCCCGCCUCUGAGCGGGACUGGCGGCGGUGCUCACAUGCAGCCGUCUCUGCCCUCGCUGCCCGCCCAUCUUCAGUCCGACACCCAGAUCACCGCCCACCUCGCCAGCCGCUUCCAUGUUUCGAUCCCGUGUUCCCGUCUGUCCUCCCAUGCCCUCGUGUGCAUCAACACGUACACGGCAUCCACCAAGGGCGAUGGCUCCCGCGACUCGUGUGCUAUGAACGCUGCCGAUGACCUGGCAGAGCGCGCCCUCCUGAGACUGGGGCACCGCUCCGAGAACCAGGCCAUCCUCUUUCUGGGCGAGUCUGGGUCUGGCAAGACCACUGUUCGCUCACACCUCCUGACCUCCAUCCUGAACCGCUCCUCGACCCCCCUCUCUCAAAAGGUCUCGCUGGCCGCUUACGUCUUCGACACGCUGACGACCACAAAAACCGCCACGACCCCGACGGCCUCCAAGGCCGGUCUUUUCUACGAGCUCCAGUAUGACACAAGCGCGAGCUCGAGCCCCGUCCUCAUCGGUGCCAAGCUGCUGGAUCAUCGGUUGGAGAGGAGCAGAAUAACAAACGUCCCGACGGGCGAGCGCAACUUCCACAUCCUCUACUACCUCCUGGCCGGCACCAGCCCGGCCGAGAAGAGCCAUCUCGGCUUCGACGGCCCCGCGAACAAGCGAUGGAAGUAUCUCGGCCACCCCACACAGCUCAAGGUCGGCAUCAACGAUGCCGAGGGCUUCCAGCUGUUCAAGACGGCCCUGCGCAAGCUUGAGUUCCCGCGCAGCGAGAUCGCCGAGAUCUGCCAGAUCCUGGCAGCCAUCAUGCAUCUGGGCCAGCUCGAGUUCGAGACCUCAGCCAACACGACCGUCCAGGGAGACGAGAGCGGUGGCUUCUCGCACGAGGGCGCCCAGACCACGACGGUGGUUAAGAACAAGGAUGUCUUGGGCAUCAUUGCCGCCUUCCUCGGCGUCAGCUCCUCGGAGCUCCAGACGACGCUGGGCUACAAGACCAAGAUGAUCCACAAGGAAAGGGUCACCGUGUUGCUGGACCCGGCCGGCGCCCGCGAGAACGCGAACGAGCUGGCGAGAACGCUCUACUCGCUGCUUGUGGCUUAUGUUAUCGAGGCCAUCAACCAGAAGCUGUGCGCUGCGGAGGACGCCAUUUCCAACACCCUCUCCAUCAUCGACUUCCCCGGUUUCCAGCAGCAGUCGUCAACCGGCUCGGCCCUCGACCAGCUCCUGACGAACUCCGCCUGCGAGUUCCUCUAUCACCUCACGCUGCAGCACUUCUUCGACCGCAAGGCAGACCUGCUCGAGACCGAGGAGGUUAGCGUGCCGGCGACGAGCUACUUCGACAACUCGGAUGCCGUCAAGGGCCUGCUCAAGCCCGGCAACGGUCUCCUGAGCAUCCUGGACGACCAGACCCGCCGCCACCGCACCGACAUGCAGCUCCUCGAGUCGCUCCGGAAGCGCUUCGAGGGCAAGAACCCGGCCAUCUCGGUCGGCGCGGCCCAGGCCAAGCUCCCCGGCAGCAACUUCUACACCGAGAACACCGCCGCCACCUUCACCGUCAAGCACUUCGCUGGUGAGGUCGACUACCCCGUCAAGGGUCUCGUCGAGGAGAACGGCGAGGUCAUCUCGGGCGACCUCCUCAACCUGAUCAACUCGACCAAGAGCGAUUUCGUCGCCCGUCUCUUUGGCCAGGAGGUCCUGCAGACGGUCGUGCACCCGCGCGAGCGGUCUACUGUCAUGCAGGCCUACGUCAGCUCCAAGCCGAUGCGCGCUCCGAGCAUCAUGUCGAAGCGCGGGCGGCCCGCGACCGCGCUCGCGGCUCGUCGCAGGCAGGAGGCGGAGCGCGAUGAUGCCUCGGCUGACCACAGCGACGUGGGUGGUGAUGCUGGCGGCAGCAGCAAGCGCGCUGGGGGCAGCUCUCGUAACUCGGAGCAGGGCGCGUCGGGACAGUUUUUGGCUGCGCUGGAGAAUGUCAAGCAGUCGUUUACCGCGCAGGGCACGAAUUGCUACUUUGUGUUCUGUCUCAAGCCGAACGAUCGGCGCAUCGCGAACCAGUUUGAUAGCAAGUGUGUGCGUGCGCAGGUCCAGAGUUUCGGCAUUGCUGAGAUCAGCCAGCGCUUGAGGUCGACCGAUUUCAGCUUGUUCCUGCCGUUCGGCGAGUUCCUCGGCCUGUGUGAGGCUGAUUCGGUGAUCGUGGGGAGCGAGAGAGAAAAGGUCGAGGCGGUUGUCGAGGAGAAGCGCUGGCCCAGCAACGAGGUGGCCAUUGGUUCGACCGGCGUCUUCCUCAGCGAGCGUCUUUGGAUGGAGAUUGCCCAGCUGGGAGAGAGCUACUCGCAGUCUGGCCGUUAUGGUCCCUCGGAGACCGGCGACGGCGGGACCUCGCCAGCUGAUCCUUUCAUAACGUCUAAGGAGCGCCUGGCGCUGUCCGGUAGUGCCUUGGGCGAGAAGAAGGCUGCUCUCUUCGGCAGCAAUGAUAUCGACGCCCGCUCCGAUGCCGGUGCCUCGGCUUUUGGCGGCGGUGACAUGUUUAAGAACCUUGAUACCCGCGAGCAGAUGGCUGAGCGCAGUAAUGAGAAGGAGAUGGUCGAGGUCGAGGAGUACAAGGACAGUCCGAGCCGCAAGCGCUGGGUGUUCGUCGUGUACCUGCUCACCUGGUUCAUCCCCGACUUCUUGAUCCGGGUCCUGGGCCGCAUGCCGCGCAAGGACGUCCGCAUGGCCUGGCGCGAGAAGCUGGCCAUCAACAUGAUCAUCUGGUUCAGCUGUUUGGUCGCCGCCUUCUUCAUCGUCGUCUUCCCCAUGCUCAUCUGCCCCCGCCAGUACGUGUACAGCCCCGAGGAGCUGUCCAAGUACGACGGCAAGGACGGGCGCCCGGCUUGGGCUGCCAUCCGCGGCCAGAUCUUCGAUAUCGGCAAAUUCGCGCCGCGCCACUACCCCAUCUAUCUGCCGACCAAGAUGCUUACGCAGUACGCCGGUAUGGACAUCACGGGUCUCUUCCCCGUGCAGGUGUCGGCGCUGUGCCAGGGCAAGGACGGCUCGAUCGACCCGGCCGUGCAGCUCAGCUACAAGGACACCAACGUCACGGGCACCGCCAACGUGCUCAGCAGCCAGGACAUGAACUCCAAGUACCACGACUUCCGCUGGUUUACCAACGACAGCCGCCCGGACUGGUUCUCGCAGCGCAUGAAGAUGCUUCGCGCCAACUACAAGGUCGGCAACGUCGGCUACUCGGCGCAGUACGUGCGCACGCUCAGCAAGAAGCAUUCCCAGGUUGUCGCUAUCCUCAACGGCCGCGUCUACGACAUGACCAUGUACAUCACGGGAGGUCGGCGUCAGCAAAACCCGCCGGGCAUGCCGCCGCCGUCGGAUCCUAAUGCGAUCGACUUCAUGGAGGAGCUGGUCGUCCAGCUGUUCCAGCAGAUGUCGGGAGAGGAUAUCACGGAGCGCUGGGAGACGCUGCCGCUGAGCGCCGAGCGCAAGGCCCGCAUGCAGCUGUGCCUGGAUAACCUGUUCUACGUGGCCGACGUCGACACGCGUGCCUCCGCCAAGUGCAAGUUCUCCGAGUACCUCGUCCUCGCCGUCUCGUGCUUGCUUGCCAGCGUCAUCGCCUUCAAGUUCUUCGCGGCGCUGCAGUUUGGCGGCAAGAACAUGCCGGAGAACCUGGACAAGUUCAUCAUGUGUCAGAUCCCGGCGUACACCGAAGACGAAGAGUCGCUGCGCCGUGCCAUCGAUUCGGCGGCUCGCAUGAAGUACGAUGAUAAGCGCAAGCUUCUGGUCAUCAUCUGCGACGGUAUGAUUAUCGGUCAGGGCAAUGAUCGCCCCACGCCGCGCAUCGUGCUCGACAUUCUGGGCGUCUCGGAGUCGGUUGACCCGGAGCCCCUGAGCUUCGAGUCGCUCGGUGAGGGCCAGAAGCAGCACAACAUGGGCAAGGUGUACUCGGGUCUGUACGAGGUGCAGGGCCACAUCGUGCCGUUCCUGGUCGUCGUCAAGGUCGGCAAGCCGUCCGAGGUCUCGCGUCCCGGCAACCGUGGCAAGCGUGACUCGCAGAUGAUCCUGAUGCGCUUCCUCAACCGCGUGCACUACAACCUGCCCAUGAGCCCGCUCGAGCUGGAGAUGUACCACCAGAUCCGCAACAUCAUCGGCGUCAACCCGACCUUCUACGAAUACCUGUUGCAGAUCGAUGCCGACACCGUCGUCGCCCCCGACUCGGCCACGCGCAUGGUCUCGGCGUUCGUCGAGGAUACGCGUGUGAUUGCCGUGUGCGGUGAGACUGCGCUGACCAACGCCAAGUCGUCCUUCGUCACCAUGAUCCAGGUCUACGAGUACUACAUCUCGCACAACCUGUCCAAGGCGUUCGAGUCGCUCUUCGGUUCCGUCACCUGCUUGCCGGGUUGCUUCUCCAUGUACCGCAUCCGCGCCGCCGACACGGGCAAGCCGCUGUUCGUCAGCAAGGAGGUCGUCGAGGCGUACGCCACGAUUCGCGUCGAUACCCUGCACAUGAAGAACCUCCUGCACCUCGGUGAAGACCGCUUCCUGACCACCCUGCUGCUCAAGUACCACUCGCGUUACAAGACCAAGUAUAUCUUCACGGCGCACGCCUGGACCAUCGCGCCCGACUCGUGGAAGGUGUUCCUCUCGCAGCGUCGCCGCUGGAUCAACUCGACCGUGCACAACCUCAUCGAGCUCAUCCCCAUGAACCAGCUCUGCGGCUUCUGCUGCUUCAGCAUGCGCUUCGUCGUCUUCAUCGACCUGCUCUCCACCGUUGUCCAGCCCGUCACCAUCGCCUACAUCGUGUAUCUGAUCGUCAUGGUGGCCCGCAACGCCACCGUCGUGCCCAUUACCGCGUUUGUCCUGCUCGGUGCCAUCUACGGUUUGCAGGCUAUCAUCUUCAUCAUGCGCCGCAAGUGGGAAAUGGUCGGCUGGAUGAUCCUCUACGUCAUUGCCUUGCCCGUCUUCUCCUUCGCUCUACCCCUGUAUGCCUUCUGGCACAUGGACGACUUCAACUGGGGCAACACCCGUGUCGUGGCCGGCGAGAACGGAAAGAAGAUUGUUAUUUCUGACGAAGGUAAAUUCGACCCGUCCUCCAUCCCGCGCAAGAAGUGGGAGGACUACCAGGCCGAGCUGUGGGAGGCGCAGACCGCCCGCGAGGAUACCCGCUCGGAAGUGUCCGGUUAUUCGUAUGCUACUCGUCCGAACGUGGCCAUGUCGGAAUAUGGAGGGUAUACGCCCAGCCGGCCGGGGUCGAUCGCAGGGGGUAUUGAGGGUAACUACCCGCCUAUGCCGACCGCCCCGAGCCGGAUGUCACUGGCGGCCAGCGAGAUGCUCAUGCCGGGGAAUAGGGCUAGUCAGUUUGGCGGGUCGCAGUUCCUUGGUCCUCACACGAGUACUACGGGCACGGGACACAGUCAGGACGUAGAGAUGUCGAACUUGGCGGGAAUGCCGAGCGACGAUGCGUUGUUGGCCGAGAUCAGGGAGAUUCUACGCACUGCGGACCUGAUGACUGUUACGAAGAAGGGAGUCAAGCAGGAGCUGGAACGCAGGUUUGGCGUGCCGCUUGAUUCGAGACGGCAAUAUAUUAAUAGCGCGACGGAAGCGAUUUUGUCGGGACAGUUGUGA